GAGACGGCGCAUGUUUGUGAUACACACUAUUGAAAUUGAAGUCAUCAAGCAUUAAAGAUUCCGUCAACAGGACGAGGCUCGAGGUCGAGAGCUCGCUACGACAAUUUUUCAGCUCCACCUCCGUACGAGACCUCAUGGCUUGUUUACUGGCCCUUGGCGGAUGUUCUUCGUUCUAUUUCCUUUUCCUUUUUCAGUGGCGACUUCUUGUCUUCGGGUCUGUAAUCCUGCCAGCGGAUCGGCUCACUCAGAGGAUCUUUCACACACCCUCAGGAACCGCUCUGCCCAGGCGUCGAUGGAACAUUCUAAACCAAUUCAUUGGGGGAUCUGAAGCAGCUCGACGACAUUUUGGGCACAACGGUCGCACGUAUCUAUCCAUCCUAGAGCUGCAUCUCGCGUCGGGGCAAUUUGUUCUGCCAUCUAACAUGCACGCCCAAUAACCUCGUCAUAUCAAAAUAAAUCCUCACGACAU